GCAAAGCGGGUUUUGCGCAGUGGCUUAGACCUGGAGAAGGAGUCGUGACGUGCAGGAAACCAUUACACCACCACUCGGGCCGUGCUCUCUGGCUGCUGCCGCCACCCCCGCCCUUGCCUCCGGCGCACAUUAAAGAUCCAAUACCAUGACUGACUCCAAGUACUUCACAACCAAUAAAAAAGGAGAAAUCUUUGAAUUGAAGGCUGAACUCAACAAUGAAAAGAAAGAAAAGAGGAAGGAGGCUGUGAAGAAGGUGAUUGCCGCCAUGACUGUGGGGAAGGAUGUUAGCUCUCUCUUUCCAGAUGUAGUGAACUGUAUGCAAACCGACAAUCUGGAAUUAAAGAAGCUCGUGUAUCUCUAUUUGAUGAACUAUGCCAAGAGUCAGCCAGACAUGGCCAUCAUGGCUGUCAACAGCUUUGUGAAGGACUGUGAAGACCCUAAUCCUCUCAUUCGGGCUUUGGCGGUCAGGACCAUGGGGUGCAUCCGGGUGGACAAGAUUACCGAAUAUCUCUGUGAGCCCCUCCGCAAGUGUUUGAAGGACGAAGAUCCCUAUGUUCGGAAAACAGCAGCAGUUUGUGUGGCAAAGCUCCAUGAUAUCAAUGCCCAAAUGGUGGAGGAUCAGGGAUUUCUGGAUUCUCUGCGGGAUCUCAUAGCAGAUUCAAAUCCAAUGGUGGUGGCUAAUGCUGUAGCAGCGUUAUCUGAAAUCAGUGAAUCUCACCCAAACAGCAACCUACUCGAUCUGAACCCACAGAACAUUAAUAAGCUGCUGACAGCCCUGAAUGAGUGCACGGAAUGGGGCCAGAUUUUCAUCUUGGACUGCCUUUCUAAUUACAACCCUAAAGAUGACCGGGAAGCUCAGAGCAUCUGUGAGCGUGUAACUCCCCGGCUGUCUCAUGCCAACUCGGCAGUGGUGCUUUCAGCAGUAAAAGUUUUAAUGAAGUUUCUAGAGUUGUUACCCAAGGACUCUGACUACUACAAUAUGCUGCUGAAGAAGCUGGCCCCUCCACUUGUCACUUUGCUGUCUGGGGAGCCAGAGGUGCAGUACGUCGCCCUGAGGAAUAUCAAUCUAAUUGUUCAGAAAAGGCCUGAAAUCUUGAAGCAAGAAAUCAAAGUCUUCUUUGUGAAGUAUAAUGAUCCCAUCUAUGUUAAACUAGAGAAAUUGGACAUCAUGAUUCGUUUGGCAUCCCAAGCCAACAUUGCUCAGGUUCUGGCAGAGUUAAAGGAAUAUGCCACAGAGGUGGAUGUUGACUUUGUUCGCAAAGCUGUGCGGGCCAUUGGGCGGUGUGCCAUCAAAGUGGAGCAAUCUGCAGAGCGCUGUGUGAGCACAUUGCUUGAUCUCAUCCAGACCAAAGUAAAUUAUGUGGUCCAAGAGGCAAUUGUUGUCAUCAGGGACAUCUUUCGGAAAUACCCCAACAAGUAUGAAAGCAUCAUUGCCACUCUGUGUGAGAACCUGGACUCGUUGGAUGAACCGGAUGCUCGAGCAGCUAUGAUCUGGAUUGUGGGAGAGUAUGCCGAGAGAAUUGACAAUGCAGAUGAGUUACUGGAGAGCUUCCUGGAGGGUUUUCAUGAUGAAAGCACCCAGGUGCAGCUCACUCUGCUUACUGCCAUAGUGAAACUCUUUCUCAAGAAACCGUCAGAAACACAGGAGCUGGUACAGCAAGUCUUGAGUUUGGCAACACAGGAUUCUGAUAAUCCUGACCUUCGAGACCGAGGCUAUAUUUAUUGGCGCCUUCUCUCAACGGACCCCGUCACAGCCAAAGAAGUAGUCUUGUCUGAGAAGCCACUGAUCUCUGAGGAGACAGAUCUUAUUGAGCCAACUCUGCUGGAUGAGCUAAUAUGCCACAUUGGGUCUUUGGCAUCGGUAUACCAUAAACCUCCCAAUGCUUUUGUGGAAGGAAGUCAUGGAAUCCAUCGCAAACACUUGCCAAUACAUCAUGGGAGCACCGAUGCAGGUGACAGCCCUGUUGGCACCACCACUGCCACCAACCUGGAGCAGCCUCAGGUUAUCCCCUCUCAAGGUGACCUUCUAGGAGACCUUUUAAACCUUGACCUUGGCCCCCCAGUCAAUGUGCCACAGGUGUCCUCCAUGCAGAUGGGAGCAGUGGAUCUCUUGGGAGGAGGUCUAGAUAGUCUGCUUGGCAGUGACCUUGGCGGGGGCAUUGGAGGAAGUCCGGCAGUGGGACAGUCCUUCAUCCCGUCGUCAGUACCUGCAACCUUCGCUCCUUCACCUACUCCUGCUGUGGUCAGCAGUGGUUUGAAUGACCUAUUUGAACUCUCCACGGGGAUAGGCAUGGCACCUGGUGGAUAUGUGGCUCCUAAGGCUGUCUGGCUGCCUGCAGUAAAAGCUAAAGGGUUGGAGAUUUCCGGAACAUUUACUCACCGCCAAGGACACAUCUAUAUGGAAAUGAACUUUACCAAUAAAGCUCUGCAGCACAUGACAGACUUUGCAAUCCAGUUUAACAAGAAUAGCUUUGGUGUCAUCCCCAGCACUCCUCUGGCCAUCCAUACACCACUGAUGCCAAACCAGAGCAUUGAGGUCUCCCUGCCUCUCAACACCUUGGGCCCAGUCAUGAAGAUGGAACCCCUGAACAACCUGCAGGUGGCUGUGAAAAACAAUAUUGAUGUCUUCUACUUCAGCUGCCUCAUCCCACUCAAUGUGCUUUUUGUAGAAGAUGGCAAAAUGGAGCGCCAGGUCUUCCUUGCAACAUGGAAAGAUAUUCCCAAUGAAAAUGAACUUCAGUUUCAGAUUAAGGAAUGCCAUUUAAAUGCUGACACUGUUUCCAGCAAAUUGCAAAACAACAAUGUUUAUACUAUUGCCAAGAGGAAUGUGGAGGGGCAGGACAUGCUGUACCAAUCCCUGAAGCUCACUAAUGGCAUUUGGAUUUUGGCUGAGCUACGUAUCCAGCCAGGAAACCCAAAUUACACGUACCAUGGAAAGACCUGGAGGAGGCACUGCAGACCCCAGAUUUCCAAACCAAGCAGUCAGCAAAGAAGCCCCCGUUCACCUCGAUGGAGCACCUUCUCUCUCCAGUGCCUGCCCCAUCCGGUAGGCACAGUGCCUCUGGCAGCAGGGAGUGCAGCUGUCGCUGAAGUGCAGAGCUCCUGAAGUCUCCCAGUACAUCUAUCAGGUCUACGACAGCAUUUUGAAAAACUAGCAGACUGGUCCGGUGUCCUCUGGCCAUCCUGAUUGGUGCAAGCCAAGAACUCUUAACUGGAAGAAAUUGUAUUACCAUGUAGAAUCUGAACCCAAACACACCAAGGCCACCCACCAAGGUAGUGACUAGUCUAACCUGUGCUAACCAUAGGGCACAACCUGUUGGAUAGUUGUAGCUUCCUGUGAACAUUCGUAACCACUGCUUCCAUCACCUCCCUCCUCUUGCCACCCACCGCUGCUCUCUGUCCUGACUUGUGAGCUUCUCCAUAGUGUGCCAGUGGCUGGCAUUUUUUAGUGUAGUUUGAUAUUUUGUAAUUGAGAGCUCAUUUCAAAAGCAGAAAAAGACAAAACAUAUUAAAGCAAGGAAAAGUGUCACUGAAACAUAAA